AUGAAUACAAUUGAUCGAAGAGAAAGUGGAGUGUUCUUUGUUGAUGGGCCAGGAGGAUCAGGCAAAACAUUUCUUUACAGAGCUAUAAUUGCAGAAUUGAGAAAUAAGGGUCAUAUUAUCUUGAUAACUGCAUCAUCAGGAAUAGCCGCAACAUUAUUGCCUGGGGGUCGAACAGCUCAUUCUAGGUUUAAGAUCCCAAUUAAUGCAGAACCAUCAUCCAUUUGCAACAUAAGCAAACAAUCAAAUCUUGCAAAGCUGAUUAGACAAACAACGGCAAUCAUCUGGGAUGAAGCACCUAUGACAAAUAAAGAAUCAGUGCAAUCAUUAGACCGCACUCUGAGAGAUAUAUUAGCAAACGAUAUGCCAUUUGGAGGAAAAGUGAUGGUGAUGGGAGGAGAUUUCCGCCAAGUACUGCCUGUCGUACCGAAAGAUAGUAAGUCACAAAUGAUUUCAGCUUCUAUAGUUAAGUCUCAUUUAUGGGCUUCCACUAAAAUUCUAUAUUUGCGACAAAAUAUGUGA